AUGGUGUUUGGUAUUAUAACAGCAGUUGCUGCUUGUCCCGCCAUCGUGGGCACAACAGAAGCCAUACGUUCCAGUCAGCGCAGCCAGAGAAGACAGGAGCAUCGAAGCAGGAAAAUGAACCUAAUAGUUUCCUGCUCCGAUCCCUCCAGAAAGAGUAAAGAUGUCGAUGGCUGCUUCGUGGUGUUGAGGAACCAUAAGUUAUGGAUUGCAUCCCGACCUUCCGAUGGCGAGGCUAGUGAGCCAUCCGAUGAUGCCACUCGCUUCAAAGCCUCCCUCCACCAGUGUCAUCAUUUUGAAGGCUAUUUCUUCCCACAUCCCGAGCAUAGAUGGCGCAAAGGAGAGGGGUUGGUAAGCACCAUAACCGCCGAUCCGCCUCUUCUCAAUUGGAUCUAUAUUGAUAAAGACACUUAUGAAAUGAAAUAUGGCAACAAAACGGAAUCCGAAGGGCAUAUGAUGGGGCCAUGGGAUUGCACGCCUGUUGAUCGACGGAUGACAUUCGACUGGUGGGAAGGUUUUGCAGUUGCAGAGGAGAAGGAUGCGGACGGAAGAAUGCUUGGAUGGGCACUGUAUUUUGACUGUGAUGAUGAUGGGUUGAGGGAGAAGGUGCCCUUAGACAGAAGGGUGAUGGAAGUGGAAUUGAUAAGACGAGAGAUGAGAGUCCCACCGGUGACAGAGGAGGAUGAUCAGCAAAAGAUCAAGACAUAA